AUGUACCCACAAUUCACCUCUUUUCAUCCUUACGGAUACCCAUCUCGUCUAUCCCAAGCUACUCUUGUAGAGUCCACAACUCCUAUUCCUCCCAAACCUCUCUCACCAUUCACCAAUAGUGGUCAAACACCUUUUCUACAUUGGCGGAACUACGACAUCAUCGGAUUGGAUCGUAAUACCGCACUCGGGUUCUUCAACAUGCUAGAUAGGGAUAUUCAUGUUGCUCUGACCAAGAGACGAUCUAUCUUAUCCCCUACUCGACCGUAUCAAACCGUCGAGCUACGUAUGGAUAUCAUACCGUACAAUGCAACCGAAGCUGACUUGUACGAUUGCGAGACUGCUUUCUUCCUCAGGUGCGGGAAAGCGAAAGAAUGGUCAACUUGCGAGUGUAAAGUUUUACAUGAGGUCGUGAAAAGGUGCCUGCCUAGGGGAUGUACGACCAGCUCUGCACCUCCUAAGCUAGGUGCGGACAUCAACACGGACUCUCUCAUCUUGAUUAGAAGUAAUAGUCCACUCUCUGGAAGUCAAGUCGAUGCCUUGUUUGAUGCUGUUCAAGGUGCUGCUAGAGAUGUCGGUGGAUCGAUGUGUCCGGUCAGGGAUCAACAGGGACAAGCUGUUGAUCCGACUAAAAGCAAAUGGUCAAGAUUCAGGAAGAAGAUGCACAUCUGA